AUGGUCACUACCAAGGUGAAGGAUCGAGGUCCGGAGGCAGCGCGGCGUUUCUUUAACUGGUUCUACUGGUGCAUUAAUCUGGGUGCUAUCUUCUCGCUGGGUGGAGUUGCUUAUAUUCAGCAGAACGUUAGCUUCUUUAUUGGCUACAUCAUCCCUGCCGUCUGCCUCGGGGUGUCCCUCAUCAUCUUUGCCCUGGGCAGAACGGUGAAGGAUCGAGGUCCGGAGGCAACGCGGCGUUUCUUUAACUGGUUCUACUGGUGCAUUAAUCUGGGUGCUAUCUUCUCGCUGGGUGGAGUUGCUUAUAUUCAGCAGAACGUUAGCUUCUUUAUUGGCUACAUCAUCCCUGCCGUCUGCCUCGGGGUGUCCCUCAUCAUCUUUGCCCUGGGCAGAACGGUAUUUAUAACCAAACCUGCAGACGGCAGUGCCUUCAGUGACAUGUUCCGGAUCCUGGCUUCGGCCCUCUGUGGACAAGGGCCAAAAGAACCAAGUCUGCUCAGGCCAAAGCCAUCUCUAUUAGAUGGUGCUAAGGUGACAUACGGUGGGCGGUUUUCAGAGGAGAAGGUGGAGGAAGUGAAAGUGUUGGUUAAAAUACUUCCUGUUUUCCUGGCACUCAUUCCGUACUGGACUGUCUAUUUCCAGAAUGCCUUCCGCUUCCCGGCAGCUUGGCUGACCAUGUUUGAUGCCGUGCUGAUCCUCAUGUUGAUCCCCCUCAAGGAUAAAGUGGUGGACCCCAUCCUCAAACGCAAAGGCCUGCUGCCCUCCCCUCUAAAGAGAAUCGCUGUGGGCAUGUUCUUUGUCAUGUGCUCGGCGGUGGCAGCUGGUAUUUUAGAGACGAAGAGGCUGGACAUUGUCCACACACAAGGUCCCAUCCCGCAGUCACUCAGUGGAGUUACAUACUAUGCAGCCGAUCUACCCAUAUGGUGGCAAGUGCCUCAGUACGUCCUCAUCGGUGUCAGCGAAAUCUUUGCUAGUAUUGCAGGUCUGGAGUUUGCCUACUCCGCAGCUCCUCGCUCCAUGCAGAGUGCUAUAAUGGGCCUGUUCUUCUUCUUCUCCGGCAUCGGCUCCUUUGUGGGAUCGGGACUACUUGCUAUCGUCUCUCUCAAAACCAUCGGCUGGAUGUCCUCGCAUAAAGACUUCGGUAACAUCAACGAGUGCACACUGAAUUACUACUUCUUCCUCCUGGCCGCCAUUCAGGGAGUCACACUCCUCGUCUUCCUCAUUGUGUCUGUGAAGUAUGACAAGCAGAAGCCCAAAGCAGCGAGCCACAGGGCGUCUCUGACCAACUCAUGACCCCUCAUCAUCCUCACCAGCCUUACACAGCCGUACGUUCACCUUCAUUCCUCAGCCACCAAAUCAUUUGCCAAAUAUUAAACGUCGUAGUAUUUCAAAAACGAGGUUUUAAAAUAUUUGAUUCGAAACUUGAAACCCCGUUUACUGGAAUUGGCUAUUCUCUUGCCAUUUUAAACACGCAAGACAAUUUAAAAAAAGAAAAGAAAGCAAUAAUUAGCUAAAGAACAAAUUUCAUAUGAAAUGGUUGGAAAUGAGGUUUGCCCACUCCAUCAGUGAGCUGGAUUAUAUAAUGCUUGUUUAUUGUAGUGUAUACUUUGGGCAACACUUGUUCCAAAUUUGAUAUUUUUGUUGUUUUGACUAUGUCAAGAUUUAUAAAUUUACUUGCUCAUAAAUUGAAGGUUUUUAAAUUGAAUAUUUAUUGAACCUUUUAUUUUUGUAGUUUAUGCUCAACAGGGUAAGACAAUACUG